AUGCCGAUCACCGACUUCUUCAGCGAGCGUCUGAAGGAGAGAGACCCGAACAUCCUUAAGAGAAAGUCGGUCGAGAUCUCCAACAGUGACGAACAAAACACCGUUCAGACAUUAUGCAGUGCCAGAGCCCGAUCAAGGAGCUCUUCCCUCAGUUCUAUCGCUAGCGACGAUUUUGACCAACUCGAGAAAGAAGCUUCAUCGACCCCCAAGAAAGCCAGAUUCCAGUCGUCACGCCUGACAGCAAGCCCCGGCUCCCUCACAGAUGCUGACUCAAGUCGCAACUCUCCUUCCCCAAACCAAACACCAACAGAUAUAUCGUCCUCUCAUGAUUCCAAGAAGCCAAAGAUGGCUUCCAUUGCUCCAGGCAAGACAGCCACCCCAACGAGCGCACCAAGCAAGCGCAAACGCAUAACACCAGCCGAGAAGAAGGCACAAGAGGACGAAAAGGAGAAAAAACGAAUUGAGCGAGAGGCGAAACGCCGCGACAUCGAGGAGAAGAAGGCAAAGGCAGACGCAGAGAAGGAGGAAAAGAAAAAAGACCGCGAUGCGAAGCGGCAUAAAAAGGAAGAGGAGGCCCGCAAGGUCGAGGAGGAGAAGGCCAAGAAGGCGAGGGCACAGCCAAAGCUAAACAUGUUCUUCAAGACGCCUGCCACUCCCAAGACGGAAUCACCGGCAUCUGAGACCGCCGUCAAGCCCGCCGUCGAACCAAAAGAGGAUGGAGCCGAAUCUCCACGACCAGCGAAAAAGCAGGCUACAAAGUCAGAGUACGAGAAACUCUUUAAGCCGUUUUUUGUAAAGACGGAUGUUGUUAUGGCUUCCAAUCCCUUCGCUAUGGAUGAAGACGCGAUCCAAACAAAAUCUCGCCGACUCGAUGAGUAUAUAUCAGCAAACGACAAAGCCGCCACCAAAGUAUCUUUCGACCCGGUGAAUGUUUUCCAAUUCGUCAAACAACCUGCAGCACGCGGCAGGAUCCACGAGCCCGUUCAGUCUAUUAUCGAGAAAAUGAGGGCGGCUGCAGCGCUCGCUGAGUCAAAAAGCAACAUCGAUGAGCAGGAGGCCAUCAAGAAACAGACACGCGAGCGCCUUUCCAGGAUUCCAAUGAAGGUCCUCUGUUUCCAGACAGACGUGCGUCCACCAUACCGAGGAACAAUCACGCUCCAACCACACACUGCGGGGUUCCAGGCCGUGCGCAAGAUUGCUCGCAAACCAACAGCUCGCGCAAUGCCCGUCGACUACGACUAUGAUUCGGAGGCUGAAUGGGUUGACGAGCCCGGCGAGGACCUUGACCUCGAUGAUGAGGAGGAAGAGGAUCUGGAUGAGGGUGACGAGGUAGCCGGCCUCAUUGACGACAGUGAUGCCGUCGAGCAUACACGCUUCGCAGCCAGCACACUUGAGCCACAAAGCACCGGCCUCUGUUGGGAGAACCGCAAACGUCUCGGACCCGUCGCAACAACCUACAAGCACCGCUUGGAGUUCAUCGUAGGCGAUCGACUGGAACGUAACCACGGACUAGACCCCUUCUCAACAGCCUAUUGGGAGUCGGAGGCCCCAGCCAAGGCCAAGGCGCCUUUGGUCGACCCGACGGCAACAGCGGCCGCCGUCAAGGGCGACGAGGAGGCCACGAAGCAGGUGCUGGACGGAAUCUCUGCCGCCGAUCUCCUCAAGAUCAAGAAGGCAAUUGUGCGCAAUUAUGAGACGACGCCACGAAUCUCUCGCCUCGGCAUGCUGGAGACCCUCGCCGCUAGUGAGGUCGACGGGAUCACGAUCCGCGGCAAGAGCAUCACGAGGCAGAAGGUGAAGCAGCUCCUCGACGUCAUGACGGAGCGAACGGGCGGGAAGAAAAAUGUGGCUGUGCAGUGGUCUCUGCGUCAGGGAUUCGAGAUUUGA